AUGUCUGUGACAAAUAUUAACUUGACAAGCCCUCAACCUAUUAAAGAUGACAGACCUUUUAUUUGUGAAAUUUGUCAUCGCGGUUUCCACAGAUUAGAACAUAAAAAGAGACAUAUUAGAACUCAUACAGGUGAAAAACCUCAUAAAUGUGUUUUCCCAGGUUGUAUUAAAUCAUUCUCUAGAUCAGAUGAAUUGAAAAGGCAUUUAAGAACUCAUACUAGGCCAAAUUCAAGAAAUAACAAAUCUAAAAAAGCUAAUUCUAAAAACUCAAAUUCUGUCAUUACAACAGCAAGUAAUAGUUCAGGUGAUAAUAGUCCAAAUCAUUUACCACAAAACUUAUCUUCCUCAGUUAUUAAUAUUCCAUCGAUUAAUAUGCCAAACCCAUCUAUUUCAAUUACUUCUGUAUCAAAUCAAGUUUGUCAACCACAACCUCAAAUGGCAAACGUAGCUUCCAAUUUCUUCCCAAUCCCAAUUGCUUCUUCAUCUUCUACCUCUUUAUCUUCAUCAAUUUUUUCCACAAAUCAGUUAAGCACUUCUCCAAGAACUCCUCCACCACUAUCUGGAAUGUUUUAUCAAAAUAAUAAUAACAAAUUUAUGAUUGGUAAACAGUCAUGUAAUUUGCCAACUUCUACUUCUACUUUGUCAAUGACAUCAUUAUUAAACCAAGAUAAAUUACAAACGUCUUUCAUUGAAAAUUCAAAUUCAAAUAGUCAAUCUUUAUCUGGUUUUCCUUCUGUACUUUCAAUGCAAAAUAAUAAUUUUAUUAAUAAAAAUGUUAAUUCUUCUUAUUUGGAUUCAAAUUUCUCGCAUACUAAUUCAAAUGCAAGUUGUUUCGAAGAUAGACAUCAAAGAGCAAAAUUCCAAUUAUCUCCUACAGAUGAUGAAGAUGAUGAUAAUGAAACUAAUAGUUCAGCAAACCUUUCUGGUAAUUCAAAUUCCAACAUAAGAACAAAUAGAAUCAGGUUGCCACCGGUACGUGAUCUUUUAAGACAAAUUGAUAAUUUUAAUUGUUCAAAUUAA